AUGACUGACUGGAAAAAUGCAACAGUGACACCAGGACCUGAUGGUGGGACUGAACUGUCAUUUGACAAAAAUUUAUCUGCAAGUGAUAUGUAUUGUGCUGGAAAUAUGACGGUUGUAGCCAUAACCUGUAGAGCUGUACAGGAUCCCAGUGCCACCCUGCAAGAACUACGAGCAAAGGGACAAUUAGUAAACUGUGAUAUCUUCAGUGGACUUUACUGUAAGAACAGUAACCAGACCUGUUACGACUAUGAAAUUCAGCUAGAGUGCUGUAGUGCCACCUGCCCAAACAUUUCAACUCCAGUUCCCACCACUGAACAGCCAACAACUAUAACUCCUAAGACCACAGCACCUACUACCACUCCAGAAGCUACAACUGAAUCUACUACUACUGAGACCACAACACCAACUACCACUCCUGAGACUACAACGGAAACUACCGUUCCUGAGACUACAACGGAAACUACCGUUCCUGAGACUACAACGGAAACUACCAUUCCUGAGACUACAACGGAAACUACCGUUCCUGAGACUACAACGGAAACUACCGUUCCUGAGACUACAACGGAAACUACCGUUCCUGAGACUACAACGGAAACUACCGUUCCUGAGACUACAACGGAAACUACCGUUCCUGAGACUACAAUGGAAACUACCACUCCUGAGACUACAACGGAAACUACCAUUCCUGAGACUACAACGGAAACUACCGUUCCUGAGACUACAACGGAAACUACCAUUCCUGAGACCACUACACCAACAACCACUACAACAACAUCCACUGAGACAACAACAUUCACUUCCUCUACUGAGAGCGCAACAGUAACCUGCAUUAUGCUUUCUCCCACAACCGCACCAACAACCUUUUCCUCCUCAGCGUGCUAUUGCAUGUUUGGGGGGGAGCUCUACAAACCAGGGACAAAAAUACGAACUGAUAAUAUCGGUAUAGGAUGCCAAGAUGUUGUUUGCUCUGAGGACUGCAAAAUAAUAGUUGAGGAUUACAUUUACCAAUGCCCUUCAACCACUACCCCCUUAAUACUCACCUCACCAGAAAUUCCAGUUCAAACAACAAACCCUCUACAAACCACUUCAACAACCAAAAUGUGCACCUUUGACCCUCCACGGAAAUAUAAUGAAACAUGGAUGUUCAGUGAAUGCAUGAUGGCGCGAUGUAUAGAAAACAACUUGAUAGAAAUCACCCCCAAAACAUGUGACCCACCACCAGAUAUCAUUUGUGCCAAUGGAUUUCCACCAGUAAAUGUGACAGAUGAUGAUGGUUGUUGUUGGCACUGGGAAUGCAUGUGUGUUUGCCUGGGCUUUGGAGGUCCUUUUUAUUGGACCUUUGACGGCACUAGUUAUGAAUUUCAUGGUGAAUGCACCUACGUCCUAGUUGAGGAGAUUACCGAAAAAAUAAACAACUUUGGUAUCUAUGUCGACAAUGCUUACUGUGGAGAGCGUUCCAAUUGUAUACGUACGAUUAUCAUUCAUUAUGGAACUCAGACAAUUGAGAUUGAGCAUAAUAACUUGAAUUCUUCUAUGACACAGGUGGCGGUAAACAAAAAUGUUGUGAAGAUUCCAUAUGAGAAUUUUGGUGUGGCUGUAUCAAGAUCUGAAACUGGCUGUGUGGUUGACAUAACUGACUUAGAUGUUGAGAUAGCUCUUCUCAAUAAUACUUUUCUUCUGCACCUACCAUAUAGCUAUUUUAGGAAUAACACACAAGGACUCUGUGGUACCUGCACCAACUAUAAAGAUGAUGAUUGCUUGCUGAGAAAUGGUUCUGUUACACAGAACUGUGCAACCAUGGCCCAUUCUUGGAUAGUUGUUGAUCCCAGUAAGCCUGAAUGUGAAAGCACACAGACUACAACAAUGAAUCCUACCGUCACACCUCCAGUCUGUAAUGCUUCGUCGCUCUGUGAACUCAUCACAGGACCGACAUUCCAAGAGUGCCACCCCCGAUUGCCUCCUGAUAUUUUUUACAAUAGCUGCGUAUUUGAAAGCUGUAAUUUUCCAGGCACGAAUAUGGAAUGCAGUAUAAUAUAUCUAUAUGCUUCAAUCUGUCUGAAUCUGGGUGUUUGCAUUGACUGGAGAAGCAAAGCACCAGACUGUAAUAUGUCUUGUUCUCCAGACAAGGUUUAUCAGCCAUGUGGCCUAGUUUUUCCAUUAACUUGCCAGACAGAGUAA